AUGCAAUGUUCGAAGUUAUUAGAAGAGAUAUCCAAAUCUGUUAAAUAUCUAUCUAUCUAUCUAUCUAUCUAUCUACUUACCUACCUAACUACCUACCUACCUACCUAUCUAUCUAUCUACUUUCCUAACUACCUACCUACCUAUCUAUCUAUCUAUCUAUCUAUAUAUCUGUUACAAUAUCUAUCUAUCUAUCUAUCUAUCUAUCUUCCUACUUACUUACCUAUCUAUGUUAUCUAUCUAUCUGUCUACUUUCCUAACUACCUACCUAUCUAUCUAUCUAUCUAUCUAUCUAUCUAUCUAUCUAUCUAUCUAUCUAUUACAUACCGUACCUACAUUACCAUUUCGUUUCCAACCUCCGUUUUCGCUUUUCCACAUUCAAUAAUACUUUGCUAUGUUAAAACACUAUCUAUCUAUCUAUCUAUCUAUCUAUCUAUCUAUCUGUCUGUUAUAUACCGUACCUAUGAACACUAA